AUGGACGGAUUUAACCCCUAUAAUGGCAAGCCUCCGUCUAACGGUUCCGGCUCUCAGGGCGAUGCGGGCUCUCAAGGCGCUAGCGGUGCGCCUGGUGUACCCCAGCCAGGCCUUGCUCUAGCCGCAACUAACGGCCAAGCUGGUGGAGAUAUCAACCAGCCUUUCCCUUCUGAUUCUGCCCGUCAGACUCUUUGGAUGGGAGAACUUGCUGGUUGGAUGGACGAGGGUUUUAUUCGAACGCUAUUCCAAUCGACACUCAAUGAAAAUGUCCAAGUUAAGAUCAUCCGAGAUCGUCACUCAGGGUAUGAAGAACCUGUCUAUUAUCAUAUUCCUCACCCGAACCCGAGUGGGUUCCAUAACUCUCCCCGCCCUUCCAAGUGGCAACAGCCCAUGAUUGCGAAUCCUAUGAAUUCGAUUAAUCCUUCACACCCCAAGACCAAUAGUUUCUCACAUGAGUACAGGAGUGCCGGUUAUUGCUUCGUCGAGUUCGCCACCCCGGAGGCUGCUCAGAAGGCUCUGCAGCUGAACGGCACGCCCAUCCCCAACACUGAUCGUGCUUUCCGACUUAACUGGGCUUCAGGCGGAGGCCUCAUCGAUCGACGAGACGACAGGACCCCUGAAUUUUCGAUUUUUGUUGGAGAUCUAGGUCAUGAGGUCAACGAGUUUGUCUUGGUCGCCCUAUUCCAAGCGCGAUUCCCCAGCUGUAAGUCGGCUAAGAUCAUGACCGACCAACAAACAGGACAGUCGCGAGGGUACGGUUUCGUCAGGUUUUCCGAUGAAAAGGACCAGCAGCGUGCGCUCGUGGAGAUGCAGGGUGUCUAUUGCGGUAACAGACCAAUGAGAGUUUCGCCUGCAACGCCUAAGAAUCGUAGUCACCAGGGAGGACAAUACAACCCCUAUGGCCAUCAGAUGGUCCAACCUCCUCAAGUUCCCCACCACGCUGGCGGCAUGGGUGGCCAGUGGGUACAGCAGCAGCCUCCUAACUACGGCUACCAACAACCGGGAACAUUCAACCCUUUGACAAUGAACCAAUUCACAGACCCGAACAACACAACCGUUUUCGUUGGAGGUCUUUCUGGUUAUGUGACAGAGGACGAACUAAGAUCGUUUUUCCAGGGUUUUGGUGAGAUCACCUAUGUCAAGAUUCCUCCUGGAAAGGGCUGUGGAUUUGUUCAGUUUGUCCACCGCCACGCUGCAGAGAUGGCCAUCAACCAGAUGCAAGGUUACCCAAUUGGUAACUCACGGGUUCGUUUGUCUUGGGGCCGCUCUCAGAACAAUUCUGGUGUAGGUACUCCGUACCGUCCUGCCCCACCCCCGCCUCAUUACUUCCCCCCUGGACCUCCCGGUCCGCCUGGACCCGGUCCGUUUGCUGGACCUAGUUUUGGGGGCAACGCCCACCAGGGUCCUCCCCCUGGAGGCCUUGGUCCUCAGGUAGGUCUUCUAAUCGUCUUUGUCUUAGUAAACCCCGUUCGCAACGAUUCAGUACCCGGUAUGGCUUGUCAUACUUGGCAUGAUGUAGCAUAA